UCACACAGGUGAUUUUAUUAGUAUUCUUUGUUUUGAUUAGUUGAGGAAGAAAUAAAAAGCCGACAUUGUCAACUGAAAAUAAUUAAGGAUUCAUCAUAUUGCUGCAUAGUGUAAGGCGUUAUGGCAUCUUCCUCCGAUACCUCACUAGCCGGUGCCAAUAUUGACGUGAAAAGUGAAAAGAAUGCAAAUCUCAUUGUCUCGGGGAAAUCAUCUGCCAAUAAUAAUAAAAUGACUGUUGCCUCAAUACAAAAGGCUUAUCAUGACAUUAUCAAAGAUCCCACCAGCCUGGAUGAGGCUGCACAUUAUUUAUAUCAGUCAUUAUUAGACGACGCCGUCGUUGGUGUAAUUCUGGAAAUACACCAUUUACAUAAGACUGGUAAUUUAGAAGCAUUAGACGGUGUACCUGAAGAGGGUACGGACGCAUCUUAUCGCAUAGUAGACAUGCCAAACUAUGAAAUUUUUGGCAUUUCAUCAAUGAAAAAACUAAUGGAUUGUACUUGCCCCAACUGUGAUAGACCAGUGUCUGCUUCUCGCUUUGCACCGCAUCUGGCAAAGUGCAUGGGUAUGGGUCGCAAUUCAUCGCGUAUUGCUAGCCGGCGUUUAGCAACAAAGGAAGGCACUAGCGCAAGUUCAUCAUCAUCUUCAUCGUAUCUACAAACAACUGUUGGCACAGAUGAUGAGGAUGAUAUUGAUUGGUCAUCGGAAAAACGUCGAAAGAAGACUAAUCAAAGCAGUCGAAAUAAUGGAUCGAAGAAAAAUAAUGGAAAGUCAUUCUAGACACACAAUGGUUCAAUUGUUAAAGUGGUGUAGCAUUAAACACUUCAUUUCAAAUCCAUUUUAAGAACAAAAAAAAUUUAGUUUGCAUUUGUAUAUGCAAUAUAUAUUAUUUAUUUGUGUAUAUUAUUUAGUAGUUAUAAACGCAUGUAUACAUGUGUAACAACAAUAUUCAAUCUGUGCUAAAGGAUUCCAUAUACAUAAUAAUAAACUACAUGUUUUUUCAAUAAAUGCUUUGUAUACAU